AUGACUGGAACUAAGGUCAUCAUCGCCGGUGGCGGCGUUGCGGGGCCCGUUCUCGGAAUACUUCUCAAGCGCAAGGGGUACGACCCUAUCAUCUACGAGCGCCUCGACGCGCCUACGGAUAUGGGCCUGUCUCUAGCCCUGCAGCCCAACGGACUCAAGGUCCUCAGCCUCAUCCCCGACCUCAUUGAGAAAAUCCCGAAACGGGAGAUAUCCGAGACCCUUCUUUGGUCCUCUCUCCCCGAGGAUGAGCGCCAACUUGCGCACUACGAAAUGCCUAUCAAAGGGCUCGCGGGAUACGGCGUGAACGGCGCCCGUCGCCCGGCCCUGCUCCGUACUCUCAUCGAGGAGGCGCAGGCACAGGGUGUCCCUGUCAAAUUUGGACAUCAGCUCGAAAGCUUCGAGCAGCAUGAGGACAGCGUUACCGUGCAAUUCGCGAACGGGACGACGGACACCGCGAGCUUCGUCGUGGGCUGCGAUGGACUGCAUAGCGAUACCAGGGUGACAUUGUUUGGCAAAGAGCCCGUUUCAUUUACUGGCUUGACUCAGACGGGAGGUAUCUCGCCUUUCCCGGAGGCAUUCAGGACGAAAGGCAUGGCCCCUAUGUUCAACAUUUACGGCAACGGUGUGCACAUGAUCGGAUACCCCGUAAACGAGAAUGAGAUUUCUUGGGCUAUAACACAGCGUGAAGCCGAGGCGAAAGAGAACUGGCGUCACAUGGACGAAGAACAGCAGAAAGAGUUCAAGCAGGGACCACAUUCCAGCUUGCCUUUUGGAGGUGGAGAAUUGGUCCGAACUGCGGGACGUAUUGUCAAGUAUGGAUUGUACGAUCGUCCUGAACUCUCUACUUGGCACAAGGGCCGCGUGGUCCUGAUCGGUGACGCUGCGCAUCCCACUAGUCCGCACCUCGGCCAGGGAGCGAACCAAGCCCUCGAAGACUGCUACCACCUGACGCGGCUGCUCCUCGUACACAACCCAACAGGAGCAUCUCCCUCCACCGAGCUCCUCUCGACUGUCUUCACAGAGUUUGAGACGCUGCGCAUUGCACGGACAUCCGACCUCGUCAAGCGCGCGCGGCAGCAAGGCGAGAUACGCGUCAUUAGUGGCGUCGAGGCGUGCAAGAAGCGCAACGAGACCGUGGCGACAAUGUAUGGAGGCCCCGCGAAGGCGGACGACACAGCCCUGAGGGUGCUGCUCGCAGACCUGAUCGAACAUCCGUUCAAGCCUGGUGAGAGUGAGAUCUGA